GUCAUUGUUAUGCUAGUUGGCUAUUGGAUCCAAAAAGAACAGCUCGUUUUACAAGCUGUCCAAAAGGCCAAAAGGGCUCACGCACAUGGCUCAUGGCUCCAUGGCUCACAUGAGCUUACAGACCACCUGAUUUCCCCCACACCUCUUCCAAAACCCGUCAUACAUCACACAAUUUCAGCCAUCAACCAACCACAAGCAAGCAACCAAAACAACAAACCCAAAAUCGCAGCAUGACGUUCCAUCCUCAACAGGACACCGAAUAUGAAAUACCAACCGUGGUGUACAUUCCUGAAACAACUCUUCUGAGUCGGUGGGAUCCUGCUCCAGCCAACAGCGAAACCAAGACGGUGUCAUGGCGUGGAGAUUCUCAAUCGAGUCUCAUGUCCGAUAUUAGUGCCGUUCCCGAAUCCACAGCAACGCCUCCAAGGGCUCCCCGAAGAAGUUAUAGUCCACCCCCCAAGGCAAGGAAACAUCACGAAGUUUCCAGAAACAGUGGUGUCGACAUUGGCUCUGUUCCUCUUGUCCCAGUAGAGUUCGGCUCUGACAAUGGCAAGGUUGUGCCCUUGAUGGAAUGCAAGAGCUCCCUCUCCAGUGUGUUGGAGUCACAAGCUGGAAGACCCAAUGGACAAGUUACAGCAGUCUUUUGUAUCCGGCGAGAAGGCUGUGGCUCAUGUCGUGACCAUGGCAACCAGUUGAAAGAGCUGUACGAACAGUUCCCUCACCUAAAUCUCUUUGGAGUCAUCAAGAACGCUCCCAUCAAGAAUGACGCGGCGCUUAGUGAAUUCUAUUCCAAACAUUUCCCAUUUCCAAUCUAUAGAGACGAUCAAUGGGAUACAUUCAAGUUCCUUGGGAAUCGAAACCUGUCCAUUUGGAAAACGCUCAAGUGUGGCAAGAAACUCACAAAGAGAUACAGUGACUGCAAAAUCAAGAAUGCUCUGAUUGGAGGAGAUCAUUUCACACAAGGUGGAAUCUUAUUGUUCGACAAGAAUGGGAUGCUUCGAUAUGUCUACUAUGAAAGAUACGGAGACAGGUUGGACGUCGAUGCCUUGAAAUGGGCCAUUCGAGACUGCGAGGAAGGACCAGGAAACAAUACCUUGUUGAGAGUCGAACGACCCCCCAAACUCCCAAAGAGACAUGUCAGUAGAGACAACUUUGAUAAAGCUGUGCGUCGUCCAAGAAGACGUCUCUCGCCAGCUGCAUAA